AUGUCCGAGCCGGGCCCGGGCCACGUCAGCCCGGUCCUGUCACCAAAGGCCUGUCAGUCUGAUGUUGCCAACAGGGAAACCCUCCAGCGUGAAAUUGAAGAGCUGAAGUGCAAGGACCGUGCUCUGGACCAGGAAAUAGCACAGUUGUUGGCUGAAGGCUUCAGCCUGGAGGAAUUAGACAGACACAUUACUUUGCUGCAUGAAUACAACGAAAUUAAAGACACCGGACAAAUGCUGUUGGGCAGACUGGCUGUAAUCAGAGGGGUCACCACAAAGGAGCUGUACCCUGAAUUUGGCCUGGACCUUAUUGACUAGAAGGGGACCAA